UGGGGGGGGGGGGAAGGGACAUCAGUGCCAUUCCUCACCCUGUGGGUGGGCUAGGGCUGGAGAGAACAGUAUUUCAGCAAUGAAGGGGAUACUCCAAUGACCAGUGCUAAUGAGGGACAGGAACAGGAGAGGGAGGGAAUUCAUUGCCAGAGAGUGGAGGAUUAAGGCGAAUGGGGAAGAAGUGGGGAGAUCCAGCCUUCCACUGUAUCCACCUCCCAGAAGGAAUGAAGCCAAUCUACUGUCCUCCAAACACAGGAAGCAAGAACUUCAUUCUCUGGAGUCUUUCUUUGCCAAUCAGACUAGCAGAAGUCAGUGAAGUCUCGGGAGAAUUGAGCAAGCCUACAGCAAGGAUCGUAUAGGAAGGGUCAGCUGGGCAACACUGCCCUUUCUCUCUCUGGGAACAGCUUUGUGGCAGUGAGGAGAAUGGAAACCAAAUUUGUGCUAAUCUGUCUCAAAAUCCUCCUCCUCUUCUACUCCUUUAUCUUUUGGAUCACCGGGGUGAUCUUGUUGGUUAUUGGAGUCUGGGGAAAGCUUACUCUGGGCAUCUACUUAUCUCUUAUUGCCAGGAACUCCAUAGAUGUCCCCACAUUACUCAUUGGAACUGGCACUAUGAUUGUUAGCUUUGGUCUAUUUGGAUGCUUUGCUGCAUGCCGAGGAAUCCCGUGGAUGCUGAAGCUGUACUCCCUGUUUCUGUCGCUGGUGUUCCUGGCUGAGCUUGCUGCUAGCAUUUCAGCACCUCUAUUUCACCGUGAGAUCAAGGACAGCUUCCUGAAGAUUUACACCGAUGGUGUGCAGAAUUAUAAUGGCAAAGAUGAGAAGAGCAAGGCGGUGGACCAGGUGCAGCAUAGUCUGAUCUGCUGUGGGGUGAAGAACUACACCGACUGGAAAACAAGCCCUUACUUCCUGGACCAUGGCAUCCCCCACAGUUGCUGUAAGGAUCCAAGUGAUUGUAACCCUCAGGAUCUACACAACCUGACCAUAGCUGCGACCAAAGUUAACCAGAGGGGCUGCUAUAAUCUGAUGAGGAGUUUCUUAGAGAGAAACAUGGGGGUCGUUAUUGGACUGCUCUUUGCAGCCACAUUCUACCAGUUGAUUGGCAUAAGGCUAUCCUGUUGUCUGUCCCGGUACAUCAUAGCCCAUCAGUAUGAGAUGAUGUGAAAAGUUUUCCAACGGCGAUAGAGUAAGAAGCCUGUUUCAGAGAAGAACUACUCCAUCCUCUGAAAGACUUGCAAAGAACAUGAGCACACAGAGCUCAUGUGCCCUGCUCUUGCUGCCCUCUUCCUCAGGUCCCACACCAUACAAGUUGCUGACUCUCCUACCUGAUCUCUGCUCCAACUCUGCGCUCACAUGAAGUGGACUGUUCAUCUCGUGAAGCCCUGGUGUGUUAUACAGUGUACCUGGUGGCAGCUAGUCAUGGUGAACGCCACCCAAUGGCCCUGUGCAUGCAAGCUCCUCCUCAUGUGUUAGGUCCAAAUGCAACUUAUUUCGGGAGGCUGGUUAUCACAUCGUCACUGGCCUCCUGUGGCCCUGCAUGCAGUAUGAGUGACUGUCAGCCCUUCGUCAUGAUCCAUAAAUGGCAUGCACCUUUAUAGAGAUAACCAGAUGGUCAUUAUCAGCUCUUUGGGUUUAA